GGAGGAGGCGGCGGCGGCGGCGGAGGAGACGGGUCCUUUGUUACCACUUCCUGGGGUCAGAGGCGUCAGAGGAGGGCGGGAGGAGAGGAGAGGGAGGGGGAGGGAGGGAGUGAGGGAGUGACGUGUCCCGGGCUGUGCAGGGAGUCGGGGGGGAGUUUUCAAAGUUAGCGUCGGUGCGGGAGGGCGGGAGAGAGCCGAGAGUAGGCCUCAGGUAUGUACCAGGAUGUCAAAAAUGGAGAACACUGGGACCACUGAGGUAUCUGAUCAUAAAGAAAUCAGACAGGAAGACAGAUCCAUCAGUGAUGAAACAGAUACGGGAAGAGACCAACCUCAUGGUGUAGAGUUAACACCUCGUUCUGAUAUGGCCAAACAAGAUGCAAAUAGUGACAAAACAGUGGUUUCUGAGCCUGAGCUCACUGAGAGCACAUCUGGAGACAGUGCAGGUGAAAGGAGAGAGGCAGUUAGCAUGACCAGAAAACGACCAGAAUCAAAGGCACCCACCCAGCCUGUGGGAACUGAACAACAGCUUUUAGGGGAGGCUGAUAAGGAAUCCUCCAGUCAAGCAGCAGGAAGCUGGGGCUACUGGGGAAAUUGGGGAAAAUCACUGCUGUCGACAGCUACAGCCACAGUUGCGUCUGUUGGCCACGGAAUUUCUCAAGCAAUUGAAAAGGCUGAAACUUCUCUUGGAAUUCCCAGCCCUACAGAAGUUUCAGCAGAAGUAAAGCUGUUUGAUGGAAAAGGAGCAGAGUUUGAUGAAGCUGAGAGCAGCCCUAAAGCUCAGAGUGAAUCAUCUUCCCCGACAAGUGGAGCGUUUGGAAUGUUUUCUACCAUCACAAGUGCAGUGCAGAGUACAGGCAUAACUGUACUAAGUGGUGGUUUGGAUGCACUUGAGUUCAUUGGUAAAAAGACCAUGGAUGUACUUGCAGAAGGAGAUCCUGGAUUUAAGAAGACAAAGGGACUUAUGAAUAGGAAUACCACAUUGUCUCAGGCUCUGCGAGAGGCAAAAGAGAGAGAGGAGCUACUUGUGGCUGAUCAGGUUUCCGAGGAUACAGAAAAGAAAGCUCAUUAUGGGAUGCUGUUUGAUGAGUUUCAAGGCCUUUCCCAUCUGGAAGCUUUGGAGAUUUUAUCCAAUGAAAGUGAGGGAAAGGUGAAAUCAGUGCUUCACGCUCUGUCCGGACAAGAUGUGGAGAAUCUAAAGGAAGAGCUGGAAGCCAUCAAAGAGGCUUUCUCACUGGUGGAAUUUGAUGAAGAGGAGGAGGAAGAGGACAAUGGUGAAGCUAAUAAUGCAGCGGAUAAUAUAAGAGGUGAUGGCUCCGAGUUUGUGAAAGAAUUGUGUGAGCUCUUAUCAGAGUUGAAUAUAGCGACAACAUCUGAUAAACUUAGCAAGGCGAGAAAGAAUGCACACGACCGGAUUACCGAGGCAAGCAAUGUCUUGUCUGCGCAACCAGAAGAGAGCGAGCCAGAGAAAGGACAGGGUCCGAGAGAUGAAGCUAAGUCUGGUGACUUGAACAAAGUUCAGAAGUAUUCAGUGGAGAAUAUCCACACGUCUGCCAUUCAGAGCCUAGCAGAACUGACUGCUCGAUCCAUUGAACAGUUCCAUAAGGUAGCAGAGCUCAUCCUCCACAGCCAGGACCCAGAUGUAGAGGCACUGGAUCGUGCCAAGACCUUAUCAAAAGUGACUGUUGUAUUAUGUAAGGAAGUGGCCUCUCUUUCAAAACAAUUUACGUCCUGUUUGACAGCUCUCGGGGCUACAGAGAAAGUGGAAGUUUUGAAUCCAUUAAUUACUGGAGUAUUUUUGGAGGCUUCUAAUAGUGCAACCUACAUCCAGGAUGCAUUCCAGCUUCUGGUUCCAGUUCUUCAAGUUUCUCAGAUCCAGUCUCGAUCUAACACUACAACACGUUGAAUCUUUAAUUUUAUUGCCUUAGGUAAUUAAACUGCUUUGCAUGAAUGUUAUUCCACAAAAUGUAUCCUGGACGAGCCUGGAUUACUUUAGGAUGCAUUGUACAACAGUUGGAAUCAUUUUAACAUGGACUCUGGUCAGAAGGGCAAGAAGUGUUAUCAAGUGCUCAGAAGGAAACUGGCUCCUGCAACAGGGAAAUAAAUAAAACUAAACUCCCUCAAAUAAUUUUAAAAGAAUUAUAGCAUUUGGAAAAGAUGUAUAUUUUCUGAUUUUUGAAUCCUUUUCUCCCUUAAAAGUACUAUUUAGACAGUUAUUUCAUUCUGCAACAAAUCUGACAAUCUGAUCUUGAAGUCCUCAGCCAUUUCUUGAGUCACAUUAAUUAUACUUGCAUUUGAUAUACUGCCUUAUCACGUCUUCAAGAUGUC